AUGACUGGCGAAGAAAGACUACAGUCUGUGGCAGAAGACGAGUCAAAGGUUUUCGUCAGCGACUGUCGCCACCAAUAUUUGGAGGUGACGGCCAAGUUGAAGUGCCCUUCAAACGUGGAUACUGCCGUAAUAGUGGUGGGCAAUUCUGGAGCCAAAAAAUACCUUGAUGCAUGCACCAAAGCCCUACAAUCACACAAAGUGAUCAUGGUGGCAUCGCAAGGGAUCAACUUGGCCAAGUUAGUGAGCGUGGUGGAGCAAGUGAAGCAACAAAGUGGGAGGAUUUCUCAAAUGAAUAAGAUGUAUGUCCAACUGUCGCUCAUCAACCCCAAAUUUCUGGCUUCAGAUAGCAUCAAGAACGUGCAGAUCUUUUUCGGCGAUGAGAUUGUCGGAGACAAGACUGAAUCGGCUUUGAGAGAAAUCAAGGGCCAUAAGGUAUUCGAGGUUCCAUGUAUGAGUAUCAUACUAUCGUUAGAAGAGGUACCAAAGGCCGAUUUCGGGGAUUGGACAAUACAGGUGAAGGGUCAAUGA